AGAGAGAGUCUACCAAGAGAGAGAGAGAGAGAGAGAGAGAGAGAGAGCUUACAGUCCACGCAGAGACGCACUCCUCUGACUCUUUCUGGUUUGCAAGUUCAAUGCUUUUCUGCAUGAAAAGCCCGGAAAAGGGAGGGACGAUUUGUCUAUGAACACAACUUAGUAUAUCUUUUCUAUAUGUUUCAUGAUUCAAUCACAUGGAAGUUGGAAUCGUCUCUGAAUUCCACGGUUUUAUGGUACGGUGAUUGCUUUAAUUUCCCAAACUUCAAUUCAGAAGACGGAAAACAUGAUGAGCUCUAAGUGUGAUUUAGCUGGGCAUUCUGCUUAACAUGGUUGUGAAAACAAGGCAGAACAGUAUAACUAAAGAAGUGUUCUAAGAAUUAUUUGCAGUGUUGUCUGCUACUCCUGAAAAUUAUGUCUUAUGGGGAUGGAAUCCUUAAUGUGAAUUGGAAGAGAGAAGUGGGAAAUUUGGUGGCAAGUGUAACCUAAAUUUCUGCCUGUCUUCCUUGAUUUGGCUCAAUGGAAUUGGAACCUCGAAUUUUCUGUUGGUGGUUUAUGGGUUAUCAUGGAAGUUUCAUCUUGAAAGAAAGAUAAAGGUAGUGAUCAUCUUUUGUUGCUGUUGUUCAACUCAAAUAUAAGUGCGGCUUACCAUUGUGGAAGAUUUUUAGUUUCGGAGAAAUUUGUGUUUGAAGUUUGGAUAGAGGACUCUUGUUUCUUUCUGAAUUUGUUGAGACUUCUUUGUUUUUGGGAACUAGCCUUCUCUUGGAUAUGGGAGCCUCGAACUCUAAAAUAGAAGAAGACAAGGCAUUGCAACUAUGUCGUGAAAGGAAGAAGUUUGUUAGACAAGCACUUGAUGGAAGAUGUUCGCUAGCAGCAGCUCACGUUACAUAUAUUCAAUCACUGAAAAAUACGGGGACUGCACUGCGAAAGUUUGUUGAGCCUGAAGCUUCAAUAGAAUCUUCCUUGUAUACUUCCACCAGUGCAACACCCGAGCCACUUGCUUUAACAGAGAAGUCUCUUUCCCAGUUCUCAUACUCUUCACCAUCUCUGUCACAGCGUGUAGAAGCAGCAGAAACCCUUUCUCCAACUCCUUCUCCUCCACUCUCCGGCCGAUUUCGUGUAAACUAUAUGAAAGCAGGUGGUGGUUCUUCAAGAACAGUUGAAGAGAGAGCAUUCCCUGUAACUAGGACACUAAAGUCAUCCUCAAGUACGCUGCAAAAUCUCACACCUCGAUCUGGUGAAAGGCCUGAAACAUCACCCUUUCAAGAUCCUCCCCUUCCACCUGAGGUACCUUGGGAUUAUUUUGGCCUUCCCCAUUCAAUAGACAAUCAGUUCUCUUUUCAUGAUGGCAGGGGUUUGAACCAUGAUGGGUUGGACAGUCAUGAUGAUAUUACACACCCUAGGGAAGAAGAGGGAAUGUCUGAACUGGAAGACGAAGAACAGAAAUCUUCUUAUAGUGGAAGAAUGGAAUCUGAGGAAUCUGAAGAUGAAUUUGAUGAACCUUCUACAGAAAAUCUUGUUCGAAGUUUUGAAAACCGCAAUAGGGUAUUGGAUUCUCAUUCAACUAAUACCUCUCCUAUUCCAGAAGCUAAAAUCUUGAAUGGGGAUAAAUCCAAGUCCCCUGAUUUGACACCAUUAAGGACCACAGCUUCUGUGGCUCCACUUCCCAUUUAUGACAAAAAAUUAGCAGAGAUAGAUGCUGGAACUGAAAAUAAGCUUGCACCGAAAGACUUCCUUUCAAUCAUAAAAGAAGUUGAAUUACUCUUCCUCAAAGCUUCGGAAUCUGGAAAAGAAGUUCCCCGGAUGCUUGAAGCAAAUAAAUUUCAUUUUCGUCCUAUAUUCCCCGGGAAAGAAGGGCACUCAAGGACAUCCAUGUUUCUGAAGGCCUGUUUUUCUUGUGGUGAAGAUCCAAUGCAAGUUCCUGAAGAGCCUGCUGUGACAACAGUAAAGUACUUAACAUGGCAUAGGACGACAUCCCAUUCCUCGUCAUCCAGGAAUCUUCUUGGAUCAGCUUCGAAAGACCACAUUGAGGACGAAAGCAAUAAUCUGUUCAGUAAUUCUUGCAUGAAUUCAGGCAGUCAUGCCUCCACCUUAGAUAGGCUAUAUGCAUGGGAGAGGAAGCUUUAUGAUGAAGUCAAGGCUAGUGGGAUGAUCAGAGGAGAGUAUGACAACAAGUGUAAACUACUUAGACAACUGGAGUCAAAUGGAGAACACUCUUUCAGGAUUGAUAAAACUCGUGCGGUUGUCAAGGAUCUGCACUCAAGAAUUAGAGUUGCAAUUCACAGGAUUGACUCGAUAUCAAAGAGAAUUGAGGAAUUAAGGGACAAAGAGCUCCAACCACAACUCGAGGAAUUGAUUGAAGGGUUAAGUCGAAUGUGGGAAAUGAUGUCUGAUUACCACAAACGUCAGUAUAAUAUCAUCCGUAUAGCAUGUAACAAUGGGAGUGUCAAAUGGUCCUUGCAUUCGGAAUCACAUCAACAUGCUACCUCUUAUCUGGAAUAUGAAUUGAACUCUCUAUCUUCAAGCUUCACAAAGUGGAUCAAUGCACAGAAAGCGUAUAUGCGGGCUAUAGAUGGAUGGCUCCACAAAUGCGUAUUUAUUCAACAGAAAACUUCAAGGAGAAAAAAAAGAUUACCUGAUCCAUCCUUGAGGGACCUAGGCCCUCCCAUAUAUCUAACCUGUGGUCUAUGGUUGGAAAAACUUGAAGGCCUACCAACGAAAGAUGUAUCAGAUUCUAUAAAAGCAUUAGCAGCAGAGACCACGUCCUUCUUGCCUCGUCAAGAGAAAAACCAAGGGAAGAGUUCAAAUCGAUCAUUCAUGUCAGCCUUGAAGGCCGUUGGCAAUGACGAAGCAACAGGCAAUGCCCUGAGAGAGGAACCACCACAGGACCUGGAUUCAGGUUUUGAUCGUUUCCAAUCAAGCUUGGUGGGUGUUCUUGAUCAGUUCAACUGCUUUGCUGAGUCAUCAGUUAACAUGUAUAUAGAGCUUCAAGAGGCCAUUCGACAAGCUAAAAAUGGAAAUGAACAAGACACACGGAUGUCAUAUUCAUGAGAUCGUUGAUUGUUUUGAUGCAGCAAAAGGAAGCAAACAAAUACAGGGAAGGAAUUAGGAAAAGAUGGGGAGCUAGAGUAUUGAGUUGAAGCAGUUUUUAUGCUGAUGAGUUGAAUUGUCAACCUAUGAAGUGUUCUGGAUGGGGAAUUUUUAUUUGGAUUUCACAUUUUGUAAAUUGGAGGAAUAAAUGAUUAGUGGGUUGAGGUCCUGAGGAUUCAUAUUACAAAGUUGAAAAUAAAUACAAAAGAAAAAGUAGUGAGUGCAUCUGUAGAUAGGAGACACCCAGAAGUUAUAAAGAGGGGCCGACUUGUAUGUUCACUUGUUGACUGUUGAUAAGGAAGACUUAUGGAAAUGAGAUUUGAGAACAGGAAUCAGGUUGACAAUCCA